AAUUAGUGCAGACUAAUGGUCAAGGUCGCGCAAUGGCGGACGAUAAAAAUGUGACUGAGACAAAAUCGGAAAACACUGCUGAGAAUAAGGAACCAACACUGCAGAAAGAUGUUAAAAAUGACGCAGAUGAUCUUGACAAACUACUAGAUUCCGCCCUAGGCGAUUUUGAAGAAACCGCUACAGAAGAAAAACCUAAACAAGAUGUCUCAGAAAAUGACAAGCAGGAUAAGCGACCUCUUGAACACUUCGAUCCUAAUGCAUUCGCUUCAUUUUUCGGGGGUGGAGAUCAGAAUGCUGACUUCCAAGCUCAAAUGCAUGACGCCAUGAAUCAAUUCUUAGGACCAGAUCACGCAAAAGAAAUGUUUGCCGAGUUUGAAAAAAUAGCAGAAAGUACUAUGGGAAAAGAAGAAACCCCUGAAGGAAUUCCUGAAGGCGACUUCAACGCAGCAAUAUCAGAAACCUUAAACAAUUUAGAAGCCAAUACCGCAGACCUUAAAAACUUGAACCUUUCCGAGGAUGAUGUUAAAGGAUUAUUGGGAAAUUUUAACGAUAGCGAAAUGUUACAAAAUAUGAUGAAAACAUUAUUAUCUAAAGACCUAUUGUAUCCUUCUUUAACUGAAUUAAGAGAUAAAUACCCAUCGUGGUUAGUAGAGAACGAAUCAAAACUUUCCAAGGAGGAUAAAGACAGAUUUAAAAAGCAAUCGGACAUUGUAAAACAAUUAGUUGAGAUUUACGACGAAGAAAAAGAGUCAGAUAGUGAUGAAAUGAAGAAGCAGAGAUUCGAAAAAUUAAUGAAUUUAAUGCAAGAUAUGCAAUCUUGUGGCCAUCCUCCAAAAGAAAUAGUCGGAGAUGUGGAUCCUAUUGACUUGAGCGCAAACCAGUGUUCAGUGAUGUAA